CCGCGUGGUCUGCUUCGCGCCGCCAUCUUGAAAUGCAAUGUCAUCGGCGCGUCUCGUAAGCGCUCAUAGGUAAAGUGGCGGAGUCGGUUCGCGGAGGUAUCGUUCACGUUGCACGACAAUUCUCCUUUCUCAUCUCGGCAAACAUGUCAAGCGGUGCGCUCUUCGGCAACAACGCGUCGCGCGGCGCCUCGAAAAACCUCGUCGAGUUCAAGGCUGGCAAGAUGACCGUGAAGGGCAAAAUGGUUUAUCCGGACACGCGGAAGGGCCAGCUCUACGUCUACCAGUCCGACGACUCGCUGAUGCACUUCUGCUGGAAGGACCGUACGAGCGGAGUGGUGGAGGAUGACUUGAUUAUCUUCCCGGACGACUGCGAGUUCAAGCACGUUCCUCAGUGCAAGACCGGCAGGGUGUAUCUUCUGAGGUUCAAGUCGUCGAACAAGAAGUUCUUCUUCUGGCUGCAGGAUCUCAAAACUGACAAGGAUGAGGAGCACUGCAGGAAGAUCAACGAUGUACUUAAUAAUCCACCCACCCCGGGGUCCCAGAGAAGCGGUGGCACCAACGCCGAGGGGGAUCUUCAGAAUUUACUCAACAACAUGUCGCAGCAGCAGCUUAUACAGCUGUUCGGCGGCGUUGGGCAAAUCGGUGGGCUGGGUAGUUUACUAGGUACAAUGAAUAGACCGCACGGUGUUCAGAGUACGAGGGCUUCCACUACGACUUCGUCCACUCCGGCCACUACGAAUGUGUCCAGACCGCCCCACUCAUUGACCCCGGGACCUAACGCGGACUCUAAAUCCACGAGUAACAAUAAAUCGUCGACGAGAACAACGGCUCCGUCCACGCCGGCUGCGACGGCGGCAGCAACUCCGAGCAAUAGAAUACAGCUUAGCGACCUGCAGAAUUUUCUAUCGGAAAUUCCUACGCCAGCUCGGACGGAGCCAGCCGUGCAGAGGGGCGUAGCGACAGAGCUGACCAACGCUAUCCCAGCGGCGAUCUCUACGUCGGAGAGCCUGGAGAGUGCCAUGAACACGCACUUGCCGCCCGGGGACAACCUGUCUACCACGCUAUCGUCUCCCCAGUUCUCCCAGGCGCUAUCAAUGUUCUGGUCUGCUUUGCAGUCGGGCCAGGCGGGCCCAGUCGUCCAUCAAUUCGGCUUGGGACCGGACGCCGUCAAUGCCGCAGCCACGGGAAACAUUGAAGAAUUCGUCAGCGCGCUGGAGUCCGAAGCGAAGAGCGGUCAGGGACAGCAAGCGCAACAGGGACAAGACGACAAGAAUAAGAAGCAAUCAUCAUCGGCCGCUAGUCCUGACAAGAAGGACGAUGACGACGAGGGCAUGGCUUUAGACUAAGGAUAGGAUUUUGCGCGCGUCCCUCCAUUUCGGACGUGUUCCCCUUUUUCCAUUCAGAAACCACAGACGCGUUGCAUAUUACGUUACAAUGAAUCUAUACAUACGCAAUAAAACAAAAAAAAUUCUCUAUGAACGUGUUCUUCUUCGAGAUAAUUUAAACGUAUACAUAUGUAUAAUUUCGAUAAAAACUUUUUGUACGCGUACGUAAACGCUUCCCCCCCCAAGCGUCCGGAGAAUCUGCACACUCUACAUUAACGAGACAUUAGCGAACACAAUCGGUAGAGGCAGCAGAUUUCGUCACGCGCUAUCAAAAUCGCACACAUGUACGAAAAUUAAUAUUAUUCAACAUUUUGUACACGGCAUACGUUUACUGGAUUUAUUAAACUGCGAAUAUUGAAAUAAAGCGAUUUAACAAAACCGCA